CAUUUUCGUUGCUUCCUUCACAAACUAUACUCGCUUUGUUGCUUCUUCAGAUCUGCAUUCUCUAGUUUAGUUAUUAGACUUUGUUGUUUGGAUCCCACUUUCACCCAUUUCCGAUUCCCAAUUUCUCCAAUUCCCACAAAAUGACGAAACCACCCUCGCUGCAGCCGCUCCUCCUCCUCUUCAUGUUCCUCCUUCUCUCCGCCCUUACUCCGCCGUCGAGCGCCGAGAUCAAGUCCCUCACCAUAAAAUCCGACACCCGGCCAAUGAUCCUCUUCGAGAAGUUCGGGUUCACACACAGGGGCCACGUCACCAUCGCCGUCUCCUCCGUCUCCGUGGCGGCGCUCUCCUCGGCCCCCCAGCCGGAAUCCUCACGCCUAGGGUUCUUCCUCCUGAACGAAGAAUCGCUCCUCCAAGUCCUCAUCGAGAUCCAGCAGAACCCUUCCUUCUGCGUUCUCGACUCUCACUACAUCUUCCGCCUCUUCUCCUUCCGCGACCUAUCGCCACCUCCCUCCGCCUCCUUCAACCGCUCCUACCCGGUCUCCUCGCCAAACGAAUACUCUCUCUUCUUCGCCAACUGCGCCCCCGACACCUCCGUGUCCAUGGACGUCCGUACAGAGGUCUACAAUCUUGAAUCUGACGGUUCCCGCGACUACCUCUCCGCCGGUCAGACACAGCUCCCAACACUCUUCACCUUCUUCUCCCUCACAUACCUCGUCUUCCUCGGCUUCUGGAUCUACACUUGUUACCACAACAAGCGCUCCGUUCACCGAAUCCACCUCCUCAUGGGUGGACUCCUCCUCAUGAAAGCAUUGAAUCUGAUAUGCGCGGCCGUCGACAAGCAUUUCAUCAAGGUCUCGGGGCUCCCUCACGGCUGGGACGUGUUGUUCUACAUCUUUCAGUUUAUCCGUGUCGUUUUGCUCUUCACUGUUAUCGUUUUGAUCGGGACCGGGUGGUCGUUUUUGAAGCCGUUCUUGCAGGACAGGGAGAAGAAGGUGCUCAUGAUCGUGAUCCCGCUUCAGGUUCUGGCGAAUUUGGCCUCCGUUGUGAUUGGCGAGACAGGUCCCUUCAUCAAGGAUUGGGUCACCUGGAACCAGGUUUUCUUGCUUGUGGAUAUUAUUUGCUGUUGUGCAAUUAUUUUCCCGAUUGUUUGGUCCAUUAGGUCGCUUAGGGAGACUUCCAAAACUGAUGGUAAGGCUGCCAGGAACCUUUCAAAGUUGACACUUUUCAGGCAGUUCUACAUUGUGGUUAUUGGCUACUUGUAUUUCACGAGGAUUGUGGUCUUUGCUUUGAGGACUAUUGCUGCUUAUAAGUACCAGUGGGUGAGCAAUGCGGCCGAGGAGACCGCGAGCCUUGCGUUUUACAUGGUGAUGUUCUAUAUGUUUAGGCCUGUGGAGAAGAAUGAGUACUUUGUGCUUGAUGAUGAGGAGGAAGAGGCCGCCGAAAUGGCCCUUAGGGAAGAGGAAUUUGAGCUUUGAAUAGGGAAAUUCAAUUUGGCUGGCUCUUCUUUUGGUUUUGGUUUAACAGUUGACCCUCUCUAUGCCACAGAUUUCAGGACGUUCGGUGAAGCUCUUGUGGUUCAGCUCUGCUGGUAGUGAAUGCUGUUACUCCCUUUUCUCAGUUUUCUUUUUAUAUUGUUACCUUUUGUUCCCAACCCCCCCGUUAGAAAUUGUCCAUAAUGGAAUACUGCUUGUAUGUUUAGCUUCCUUUUUAUUAUUUCUUUUAUAAUUUUGUGUUAAUGCUGCUGAUGAAAAUGCGGGAUAGAGAAAGAUUUGAUCUAGUUCAAUUGAAGAUCAAACUAUAUCACUUGAGGAUUUUUACUCAGUUAUUGCUGAGAUGUUCUUUCAUUCA